AUGGAAACGGCCAAGACCCCAGAUUCUCCGCCAGUCGUGGACGAGAAGCCCAAGGGCGCUAUACGCAUUCUUCUCUCGAAAGCUCGAGCCCAAAUUCCCGAGGGCGAAAUUGGCCCACCCCCUGACGGCGGAUUUCGAGCAUGGUGCCAGAUCGUGGGUGGCCACUUCACGGUCUGCAAUACAUGGGGCUACAUCACCGUGUUCGGGAUGUUCCAAACAUAUUACGAAGAGUUCCUGAACGAGACCGCAUCGAACAUCUCCUGGAUCGGAAGCAUCCAAGUAUUCCUACUCUUCUUCAUCGGCACGUUUUCAGGACGAGCGGUCGACGCCGGCUUCUUUAAGUUGACUUGGGGCGCUGGCGCCAUUCUCAACAUCUUAGGCAUCUUCAUGGCUUCCAUCUCGAAAACAUACUGGCAGCUCCUUCUGAGCCAGGGUGUCUGCAUGGGUCUAGGCUUCGGCCUAAUGUUCUCCCCCUCACUCUCCCUGUUGCCGACGUAUUUCACAACGCGCCGCUCUCUCGGCGUCGGACUUGCAGCAGCUGGCUCUGCAACGGGCGGCUUGAUCUUCCCUGCUGUCGUCCAGAGACUCCUUCCCACCAUCGGAUACGCGUGGACAAUGCGCGUGCUCGGCUUCUUAACCCUAAGCAUGCUGAUCCCAUCAUUCUUCCUCUUCCGACAGCGCGUGCCUCCCCGCCGAAGCGGGCCCAUCAUCGAAUGGGCCGCCUUCGGCGAGAAAGCAUACGUGUUUUUCAGCGUCGGCAUGUACCUCAACUACUGGGGCCUAUACAUAGCCUUCUUCUAUGUCGCCAGUUUCGGGCGUCAGGUAAUAGGCCUCAACGAGAAGGAAGCUAUAGAUCUCCUCCUUAUCCUAAACGGGGUUGGUAUCUUGGCACGCACGAUACCCAACUUCAUCGCAGACCGCCGCACAGGACCCUUGAAUCUCCUCAUCCUCUCAACGCUGAUGUCAAGCGUCAUGCUCUUCUGCUGGAUCGCCGUGUCGGAUUCCAGUGGACUGUAUGUGUUCGUGGUAUUCUACGGCAUUUUCUCGGCGGGUACGCAGUCCCUGUUCCCAGCAACCCUCGCUUCUAUCACGGAUGACAUGAAGAAGAUCGGUGUUAAGUUGGGGAUGGUCAUGACGGUUCUGAGUUUUGCGGUUCUGACGGGGAAUCCGAUUGCGGGCGCUUUGCUGGCUAAGGAUCAUGGGGGUUUCUUUUAUGCGCAGCUCUUUGCGGCGGCGACUAUGAUGGUUGGGACGAUGUGGAUUACGGUUGCGAGGUUUUGUAGGACGGGACUUGUGCUCAGAGCGAAAAUUUGA